AUGACGGUACCUCUGAAACCAUUUAGUCAUGCGGUAGGAGGACACAGUGCUAUUUACAAAUUCACCAGAAGGGCGGUAUGUAAGCCCCUGGUUUCCCGGGAAAAUCUCUUCUACGAAGAAGUGGAACGUCUCGCCCCUGCCCUGCUUGCGUUCAUCCCUCGAUACCUUGGCGUCAUGAUGGUCAAUUAUCAAUUAUUCAUCUUUAUGGAAGAUUUGACGGGAAGGUUGAAACAUCCUUGUGUGUUGGAUCUCAAGAUGGGGACGAGACAAUAUGGAUGUGAUGCUACUCCUUUGAAGAAGAAAAGUCAGAGGAAGAAAUGUGAUUUGACCACUAGUAGGACUUUGGGAGUGAGGAUGUGUGGGAUGCAGGUAUGGCACCCAUCCACACAAUCCUUCUCAUCCAAAGACAAGUAUCGCGGCCGUGAGCUAAAAACCGCCGACUUUGCCCGUGUACUCCGAUACUUUUUACAUGACGGCAUCAAGCUUCUCAUCGAUCACAUCCCCUUGCUAGUUCGAAAGUUACACCGACUGGCCUCCAUCGUCCUCGGUCUCGACGGUUUUAGGUUUUACGGAUGUUCUUUGUUGUUGAUAUACGAUGGUGAUGAA